UUCUGCGAUUAAAUUUCAUUAACUGAAAGUAAGCUACUUAAAGCAUCAUACAGACGUUGAUGACUCACGAAAACCUCUCAGAUGGAAUUUUUGGGCGAAGAAAUGGGAAGAAACAUGAUUACUUAAUUUUACGAGGGAAUAGUUUGUUAUGAUCAUACAGGUGCAUCAUCAGUCAUUUUCAACAUGAAGGAAUAGAUAUCUCAUUGGGUAACACCAUGCCAUUCGUUAAUAUGAAAAAGGCCUCCACCCAGGCCGGAGGAGGCAAGAGUUUUGCUGUCCGAGUCACAACAAUGGAUGCAGAGCUAGAAUUUUCAUACAUAGAGCACAAGGCCACUGGAAAAGAUCUUUUUGAACUAGUCUGUCGCACUAUUGGACUACGGGAAACUUGGUAUUUUGGACUGCAAUUUGUUGAUUCUAAGGGAUAUAUAUCAUGGUUGAAAUUUGAUAAAAAGGUUCUUGAUCAAGAUGUCCCCAAAGACUCGCCUGUUCCUUUUCUGUUUCUUGCCAAAUUUUACCCCGAGGAUGUAUCGGAGGAGUUGAUACAAGAGAUAACUCAACAUCUGUUUUUUCUACAAGUAAAGCAGUCCAUCCUCAACAUGGACAUAUACUGCCCUCCAGAGGCCUCAGUCUUAUUGGCCUCAUAUGCAGUUCAAGCAAAGUAUGGUGAUUAUGACCCAGGAAACUACAAACCAGGAAUGUUGUCCAGUGAUGACCUAUUACCACAGCGAGUCAUUGACCAGUAUCAGAUGACCCCAGAAAUGUGGGAGGAUCGAAUCAAGGAGUGGUAUGCUGAUCACAAAGGCAUGUCCAGUGAUGAGGCGGAGAUGGAGUAUCUGAAAAUCGCUCAGGAUCUUGAACAGUAUGGUGUUAACUACUUUCAGAUAAAGAAUAAAAAGAACUCGGAGCUUUGGCUGGGUGUGGAUGCCCUAGGACUUAAUGUCUACAAUCAAGAUAACAGACUAGAACCCAAAAUCACUUUUCCAUGGAGUGAAGUUAAAAACAUCUCCUUUAAAGAGAAGAAGUUUGUUAUUAAACCAGUUGGAAAGAAAGUCCCAGAUUUCAUUUUCUAUGCACCAAAAGUAAAAAUCAACAAAUUAAUUUUAGAAUUAUGUGUCGGAAACCAUGAAUUGUUUAUGAGAAGACGAAAACCAGAUUCAAUGGAAAUCCAGCAAAUGAAAGCUAAUGCAAGAGAUGAGAGACAGAGAAAAAGGUGUGAUAGAGCAAAACUGGCAAAAGAGAAACAGUUGAAAGAAGAAGCACUGAAAGAAAAGGCAGACCUCGAGAGAAAGUUAUCACAGAUGCAAGAUGAAGUCAGGACUGCUCAGGAGAUGCUUAAAAGGUCCGAAGAAACCACAGAUCUUCUGGCAGAGAAGGCACGGUUCGCCGAGGAAGAGGCGCAGUUACUUACACAAAAAGCUAAUGACGCGGAACGAGAAAUCCAGAGCAUUAAAAUUACUGCCAUCAAGACUGAAGAGGAAAGGAUUUUAAUGGAAUAUAGAGCGAGGGAAUAUGAAAUGAUUGCUACAAAGUUAUUGGAGGAUUCUGAGAGAAGAGCAAAGGAAGCUGAUCAGCUUAAGGAAGAACUAAGCCAGGCAAGAUUAUCUGAGAAGUUGGCUAAAGAACGUUUGCUGGAAGUGGCAAGAAUCUCUCCCUCUUAUCCUGUAUGUAUUGGCAAUACCAUGUUUCCUCUUGCAUCAUUGACCUCUGACCUCUCAGAUUUCCAAAUUGGGACACCUCAGUUUUCUGUGGAUGGAGAGAUCAGCUGUGAACUGUUAGGGGAUGGAGACAUGGAUCAGCUGUCUCAGGAAAUAGAGAGGGAAAGGGUUGAAUACAUGGAAAAAUCUAAACAUCUUCAGGAACAGCUGAAAGAACUCAAGUCUGAAAUAGAAGUGCUAAAGGUGGAGGAGAAAGAGACUGAUCUCGACAGACUGCACGACAGCAGUAUCCAGAGAGGGGAUAGUAAAUAUUCCACACUCAGACAGGCUAAAGCAAGUUCUGCUCAAGCAAGAGUGGCAUUCUUUGAGGAACUGUGAUGAAAAUGUGAUAUGUGCGAGAUUUAUAUAAAUCCUAACCUGAGGAGCGCAACCAGUAUUACUGCCUAACAAGCCACUUAAGCUAUGAUGGUGCUGCAUUUUAUGACCGUUAUUUAUUAUUUUCCUGUAGUGCUGGCCAUUUUGGUGGACUUUGUAACAAUGUAGAGAGGAUGAUACCGAGGGUUAACAUUUCCUAGAGAAAUGAAGUCGGCUUUCUUUGCAUUUUAUUUGACACAAGUUUUUUUUUUUUUAAUGUUGUGUUCAUUAAUGCCAUACAAAUCUUUUUAACCACAGUGACCGAAAUGUUUUUAGUGAAUGAUUUAUAACAACUCUUGAUGGGUUGAAGCAUUUUUCUUCUUAUCUUUCCUAUAAUGAUGAAACUAACUCAUAAUUUAUGUUGUUAAAUAUGUCAGUGCUAUUCAUUUUAUCACAAAUGUAUUGUCUUUCAUUACAUAAACCCACCAAGGCACAUCCUGGGAAUGUUGAACAUUUUAACGUUUUUAUGUUUUUUGAACCUUAUUUUACUUGCCACACUGUAACUUUAACAAUGGGACUAUGUUUAAAAGUAAGUUCUAUAUGGUUUUUAGGUUGUAAAUGUGUAAUCAUUACCGACUUUAUCGGGCAUUAACACACAAAGAUGAUCUCUUGCGUAAGUCAAAUGACGAGUUACACAUACAGGUUGUACAGGUAUAUACAACAAUAGAUCCCCUUUAAUGCCAAUGAAUUCUUCUGCUGUUUAUCACUGUCAAUUCACUGCUUCAUUUUCAACUUUUCAAAUUCACACUUUAUGUCCUUUCAGUAAAGACUUGGCUAGGGUAUAUUCAGUGCAGUUUUGAUUUCACAGUAUUAACUUUGGUAGUGUAGGGGGUACAAUUGUUCUUAUAAUCACAUCUGCUAUUAACCUGUUUUACGUCUUGGACCAAUGAACCUGUACCAAAUUCAGUUUUAACCGUAGUACUGUGACCCAAAGGCCAAUUUUGCCCUCAUUUUAGAUUUUCAUGCAUAAUAUUCCAAACCCCAGUGGUAUAUGUACAUGAAUUUGAUUUCACCUACAGGGUUGUACAAAAUGCAUGUAUAUAAUCAAAUAGAAGUGCCUUGUAUAGAUUUACUCGAGAUGAAAGGAUUGUGUGCACGGAGUGGACGUUAUUAUCGGAAUUUAAUGAUUCUUGGUUAUUUUCUGGAAACUUUCCUUCUUUAUCAUUGCAACAAACUCAACUUUAUAAAAAGAAAAAUCCAACAAACAUUUAUUUUAGAAUUAACUUAUUACAAUACUACAAAAAUUUGGACCACUUCAAAAAUUCAUGAAAGGUGGUGAGGAAGGAAAACAAGUUGUUCACAAUUCUGUAUUUAGAAUACUUCAUUAAGAUAUGUAUAAACACUGAUCUUAAUUUUAAUCAGCUUAAAAUUAUUUUUGAAUAUUUUGGAUGAGUAUUAAGAAAUACCUUCAGUGAGAAAGAAUUUUGUAUAGUAGAUAUUAAAACAUCUGGUUGUAUUUUGUGAGAACAAAGAAAUGUGCAAUAACAUUAUCAAUAAAAACUAUCUAUGUCA